GGUACAAAUACUUAGCAUAUUAAAAUCUGUGUGACUGUCUGAGAUACUUACGUAGAAACAGAUAUACAGAAUUACAGACACAGGGGGAGAAGUUAGCGAGAAGCACCAAUAUCCAAUUAUUAAAUUGGUUAAUGCGUUAAGCUGUUACUUGAAAUUACAAACUAUAGUAAUCUGUAAUUUAUGUAUCUACUUCAUUAGGAUUAAACACUAUAUUCUCACAAAAUAAAAUAUAAUCCAAGGGUGGAAGCAGUACAACUCAAAUAUAAUUCGUUUGUUGACCAACAAUGGGUAAACAUACAAAAGGCGAAGUUGAAAAUUCAAAAAAUGGAACUGCAUAUGAAGAGUGCGCCAAAAAGAAGAAAAAAAACAAAAAGCAUAAGAAGCACAAGAAAGAAGUUAAUGAUGUUGGAGAGAAGAAACACAAAAAGACAAAAAAGCCGAAGAAGGAGAAACGACUUAAGUCUGAGAGCGAAACUUCUCUAUCUGAUGUUGAAGACCUGAUUAGGAAAUCUCGGCAAUGUAAAUCACAAGCAAAAGAGCCUCAAAUUGAGACUGUAAAAUCAAGUACUCCAAAACCUAACAAUGGAAGUGCCUAUAUUGUAAAGUCGCGAAGUAGCAGUAGAAGUAAUUUGCAUAAGAAAGGCGACAGUGUGGAAAUUAUUUCAUCAAACUCGGAGACUGAGAACUACCAAGAAGACUGUGCAAGUCCAGAACUUACAAUGAUAGAAGACGAUCUUAAUUUAGAAGAGUUAAUGCAUCAAAAAGAACUCCUGCAAGCGCGAUUAGUUGCAUAUUCUUCAGAUACAAGUGACGAGGAAAAUCAAAGAAAGAGAAAAAGAGGUGAUAUUAUACAUAUCAAUGAUAACGAGGCUGGAGCUACACAUCAUAAACGAAGUCAUAAAGAAUAUGAAAUAGAAAAGCGACGGAGCAGCAAACAUAAAUCAUGUAGGGAAGAACGUGAAAGGCACAAACACAGAUCGCAUCGCGAUCAAAGUAGUGAACACCGGAAGGAUUUGGAAAGAAGGUUAGAUGACAGAGAAUAUCGAGACCGCAAAGACAGAGAUCGCCGUAAAAUAGAAGAACGGGAACGCGAGAGGGACAGAGAAAGAGAACGUGAGAAAGAACGAGAGAGGGAUAGGGAGAGGCGAAAAGAGCGUGAACGAGAAAGGGAGCGUGACAGACUAAGGGACAGAGAAAGGUCAUCAGAACGACGUCGAAGAGAUAGGGAUAUCGUCAGGGGCCGUCGCUCGCUGUCUAUGCGCCGAGAUCGCCGAUACUUAGAUCGGGACAGACGAUCUCGAGAUAGAAGUCGUGAUCGCUACAGAGGGCGUUCGCGUGAUAGAGGUUCAAAUGGCAGAGACAGACAUAGAGGUUCACCGACAGCUGUGUCCCACGUCGUCCCAAGUUCAAGUGACGAAGAGCUCGAUAUAUCUAUUAAUACAGAUGAAGAAGAAGAAACUGAAGAACAAAUAAUUGAAAAGAGAAGAAAACAACGAGAACUUCUUUUACAGCGUUUGGGCACAAACAAUAAUAAUGACGGGAAAAAAGAAGAGAAAAGUGAGACAAAUAUGAAGAAGAACUCAACAUCUGACAUAAAAUACAUUAAAGAAGUGAACUCUGCUACAAUUCUUAAAGAUGAUUCCCAUAUAAAUAACUCGACUGAAGUGAAUAAAGAAACAAAAGAUCAAGGGGUCGACAAUGAAUCAUUUAAAUUGGAGAAAUCAAUAAAAAAAAGUGAAUGGGACAUGUUUGCUGAUCAAGAUAACUUUGAUAAUGUUGACACACCAACAGCUGGAAAGCCUAGGAGUAAAUUGACCCAAGAGAAUCCUUCUCUGACAGAUAAUUGGGAUGAUGCAGAGGGUUACUAUAGAGUUCGAAUUGGUGAAGUUCUAGACAAUAGGUAUUCUGUUUAUGGUUACACUGGCCAAGGAGUAUUCUCAAAUGUGGUUCGAGCCAGAGACCAAGCCCGUGGCAACACCGAUGUGGCUGUUAAAAUAAUCAGAAACAAUGAAAUAAUGCACAAAACAGGUCUCAGAGAGUUAGAAAUUCUAAAGAAGUUGAAUGACGCGGAUCCAGAUGACAAAUUCCACUGCCUUCGUCUUUUCCGCCACUUUUUCCAUAAACGCCAUCUGUGUAUGGUAAUGGAACCGCUAUCAAUGAAUUUAAGAGAGGUUCUUAAGAAGUAUGGAAAGAAUAGUGGCAUACAUAUAAAAGCAGUCAGAAGCUAUACACAGCAAAUGUUAUUAGCAUUAAAAUUAUUGAAGAAAACACGAAUUUUACAUGCAGACAUAAAACCUGACAAUAUUUUGGUCAACGAAAGCAAACUUUUGUUAAAGUUAUGUGACUUUGGUGCUGCUUCACAAGUAUCCGAUAAUGAUAUUACACCGUACUUGGUAUCGAGAUUCUACAGGUCGCCCGAAAUUAUAUUAGGAGUCCCAUAUGACCAUGGUAUAGACAUGUGGUCAACGGCUUGUACAAUUUAUGAGCUGUCUACGGGGAAAAUUAUGUUUAGCGGUAAAUCUAACAAUGAGAUGUUGAAAUACUUUAUGGACCUCAAAGGCAAGAUACCCAAUAGAAUAAUUAAGAAGGGUCACUUCAAAGAACAGCAUUUUGAUGCUAACUGUAAUUUCCUGUAUCAUGAAUUGGAUAAAAUUACUGAAAGGGAGAAGGUAGUAAUUAUGUCAAGUAUAAAACCGACAAGAGAUUUACUCUCCGAAUUAGCACCAUCCUUGCAUCGGUUACCGGCGCCAGAAGCUAAGAAGGUGAACCAACUGAAGGAUCUCCUCGAGCGAAUGCUGAUGAUUGACCCAACGAAGAGAGCAUCUGUAAAUCAUUGCCUUGCUCAUCCUUUUAUCCAGGAAAAAAUUUAGUUUUUUUGUUAACCUCAUUUACAGACAAUAAUAACUAUUACAUGUACAAUGUUUAGUUCAGAUAACUAGGUUAGUUGGGGAAGCCCGUCCGUGUCUUUAGCAAACUAUGCUUAAAUAUUUGUAUAAGUGUGUUAAAAUGGUCUUUAAUUGUAUUUUACAUUACUUGACACGAAAUAGUGUGACAUAGUAUGUAAUUUUUCUUUUUUUUGGCUAUUGGAUAUAGCAUAGUUUUAUUUGUUUGAUUGCAAAUUACAACUGUCAGGGACUUAGCUUUCAAAGUUCAAAUUACCUGUAUGAACCAACAAA